AUGACCACAAUAGACCUCUGCCAAGAUGCACAAGAACUCGACCUGCUCAUCACCAAAAUGAAGGAUCUCCUCGUCCAAUAUAUGGACGAGAGCAGGCAGCCCCAGGGUCGUCUGGUCGAUUAUAAGGAGCCACACGAGCUGGAGCAGAUCAUGGACUUUUCCUUGCCGGACUUUGGAGUUGGGCCUGAAGGAAUUUUCCCAACGAUCACUCAGACACUCAGGCACAGCGUCAACACAUUCUCGCCCCGCUUCAUGGACAAACUCUACGCAGGGUCCUCCCCCAUCGGCGUCCUCUCCGAACUCUUGCUCGCCGGACUCAACGGAAAUUCGCACGUCUACCACGUAUCCCCCGUUUUCACCAUGAUGGAGAUCCACGUCACCCGCGCCCUUGCCCGACUCUACGGCUUCAAGGGCGAACGCGCCGGAGGACUCUCUUGCCCCGGAGGAAGUUCCAGUAACCAACUGGCCAUGGUCACUGCAAGAAACUCGCUCUACCCAGAGAUCAAGAAGCUAGGAUACUUUCCUCGACCAUCGAUCCAACAACAGCGGGAAAUGGAGGAGCAUGGUUACUCGUUUACAGGAGUCAACAUGACGACAUAUGGAAAGCUGAUUGCGUUCACUAGCAGCGCAGGACACUAUUCUUUGGAGAAAUCGGCCGUCAUGAUGGGCUUGGGCACAGAGAGCAUUGUUAGCGUCCCCUGUGAUUCUUACGGAUCCAUGAUCCCCUCCGAACUUGCAGGAACAACCGUCCUGGGAGCAUUUGACCCCAUCCGUCCUUGUGGCGAGAUUGCUCAAAGAUACAACUGCUGGCUUCAUGUUGAUGGUUCUUGGGGAGGAGCCGUCGUUUUUGUUCCUGAGCUUGCCAAGACCCUCCUCGACGGCUCUGAACUCGCACAAUCGAUUACAGUGAACCCUCACAAAAUGUUGCAGACAUCCCUUCAGUGCUCGCUCCUUUUGGUUCCCGACUCUUCCAUCUUCCCACGCGCAAACGCCCUGAAGGCGAACUACUUGUUUCACGGACAGAGCCACGAUUUGGGCGACGGCACUCUCGGGUGUGGACGGCGCUCGGAUGCCGUGAAGUUGUUCUUAGGCUGGAAGUAUUACGGUCGUCUCGGAUAUCAGGCAAGGAUUGAAAAAUCGUUUUCGAACGUGGCGCGACUUGGAGAAUUGUUGGCUCAGGAUAACUUUAGAGACAACAGAAUCCAGAUGCUGAGACUGGGUUGUGAUCACGAGGAUGUGAUCCAUCGUCGGGAGGUGAAGGAGGAAGGCAAGCGGGAUAAGACACUGCCCAGUCUGUUGCAGGUCUGCUUCUGGUACCGUCCUCGCAACAGCCGGUUGAUUGACUGGAGAGGUACCGAGAGACUGUGGAGGGAUUCCGAGGAACUGUCUACUCAGGAGCCUCCUUCCCGUAUCCCUUCCACAGCCGCUACUCCCUUGAUCGGUUCGCAGCCCUACUUCACAGGAAACACGGACAACAAAUCGGCACCGUCGUCCAGUGUCUCUCCCAACUCCUCGACUACCUCUCUGGAAUCAUAUGAGUCCACCUCCACAGCCUCAUCCAUUUCUCCCUCGACCACGACGCCCCUUACAAAAGCCGCGGACCGUGGGGUCAUCCUGACAGACCCGCAAGAGCGUCAACAAGCCAAAGACUGGAUGGAGCACGUGACAAAGUUGGUUCAUGGUCGGAUCCGCAGCCGCGGUGAAUUCAUGAUUGACUAUGCACCGCUGGGUCCUUACCUGCCAGUGUUCUUCAGGGUGGUACUGAACCCUCCUACAAUUCGGGAGAUUGACCUGACCAUGUUGGUGGACGAGAUCUUGGAGUGCGGAGAUAUCAUCGAGUCCCAGCUGGACACUCCUGCCUUCUGCCGCGUUUGA